AUGAGAAUUGCCCGUAAGGAUGCGCCCGCGUUUGUUCAUGUGUAUGAUUUUGCUGUAUGUAGUUACUUCCGACAAUCUGUCUUCAACGACACUAAAUGGGGUAACCAACGUUGGCUCGAUUCGAUGUUGUCGAAAGCUGGUUAUGGUGCCACUUUCAGAGUUGUUUGGUGGGAUGACUAUGGAGGAUCGUCGAAGGUCGCCGCUGUGGCUUGUCUGAAUCAUGCAAAUGCGGAGAGAAUGCGGCAACAGAAAAAGUUGGAGUUGCCCGAUGAUUGUCGUCAUAACACUACGAGAUGCAUCCAGUGA